AUGUAUUUGCGUAGUUGCAUGCUCGACCCAAGUGUGCUGACCGACCUGGAGGAAUUGACGUUAUGUGGAUUUUGCAAACAAAAGUACAACGAUGCAGAACUUUGUCCAAAGUAUUUGAGUUGCAAGCACUAUUUUUGCUUGAGAUGCAUCGAGAGUAACUUAAUGAAGGGUCGGGAGUUGUUUUGCGCGCACUGCUGGAAGAGAACAGAUCUUGGUGAUCAAGGACCAGACGCUUUGCCGACCAAUUCUCCUUUACUUGCCCUAGCCAAUAACUUUACCUACCUCAAAAUUACCAGUAACAAUACGUCUUGCAAACAGAAUGAUAAGGAACGAAAGAGUGAAAAUUGUCACACUCAUGGGAUGCCCCUCACUUUGUGGUGCUCUUCUUGCUGUAUAUUGCUAUGUCGAGCCUGUGCUACACCUCAUGAACACCCUGGUCACCAAAUAAAAACGCAAACAGAUGCCAAAGAACAGCUUAUAUCCGACGUCCAACAUGAACUAGUUACAAUGGGAAAACUAUCGUCAGAAAUUCAAAGAAUGGCGAUGCAACAGAGAGAAUUUUUAAUAAAAGUUCUCGAAGCCUGUGUAACUCUCAAGACACACGUGGAGACUGACUUACAGAAUGGAUGGACACAUUUUCCAGAAAUAUCUGACGCACGUGAAACACUUGGCAAAGCUAAAGCUAGUCUUCAGGUGAGUGAUAGCCCGAAUGAUGUUUAUAGUCUUCAUUCCCACUUAGUUAUGGAAAAACAGAGGCUACAAUCAAAGUAUCAAGAAAUGAUGCUGCAAUGCCAGUUGGACGAUCUGAUUGGUAACUCCGGGGUAAUAUUUGACUUUGGUUUGCUUAAACAAGCGCUCGCUAGUAUUCAUUCUGGCGAACCUAUUUUAUUACAACCAGCUGGAAAUGGCAGAGUACAUAAUCACAUAUCCGCAGCUCAAAAUCCCAUUCUCUUCCUCGCAAACUACUGCAUGUCUCAGCUCUAUUCGCGCCACGUUGUCAGCAAACAGCACAUGCAAAACGGUACCAUCGAUUACCACACCAACAUGAUACAAACUCCAGCCCCGCCGGGAUCUAUUCACAUUCAUCCUGUUCAAUUGGCACCGCAGGGACAACCAAUAGCCCAAACCCAAUUGCUUAUUCCUCCAGGAUCUCCGUCAGUUAAACCAAUACAAACAGUUCCGCCAAAUUCAAUUCUUCAACCACAGCCGAAUGCUUUUAUGCAAGAUAAUGGUUCCAGCGGUAGUGGAGUCGGAAGCUUAUCUGUUCACUCCCCGACAAGCAACAGCAGCAUCACUGUUACUCUACGUGGACCUUCUGCAAAUCCCUAUCCGAUGUAUUACUUCAACAUCGAGGUAAACGGCUCGCCACACGGGCGUAUUGUUAUCGAAGUAAGACCUGAUGUAGCUCCGAAGAUGGCCAAAAAUUUUAGCGUUCUAGCUACUGGAGAAAUCGGUGUCGGUUACAAAGGAUGCUCGAUAUUUCAAUGCUGGGAAGGUGAGUCUGUCAUCACCGGGGACUUUGAAUUGAACAAUGGACGUGGAGGCCGUAGUAUUUACGAAGAUGGUUAUUUUAUGCCUGAUGAUACCAAGUUCCCAGCAGUACGGGGCGCAGUCGGUAUGCGUCGUACACAAAAACGUCAUGAUAAUCUCGGUAUGGUCGGCUCCCAAUUCCGAAUUAUUUUGCAAGAAAUGCGUGGCUUUACCGGUAUAUUUGGUCAUGUUGUCGAGGGGUUGGAACUUGUCGAAAAAAUAUCUACCUACGGCGAUCAAACCGGUAAGCCAACGAAGACGAUAAUUAUUACAAAAUGUGGUAAAUUGUAA